CCUGAUGAUCACGGGCUGAACUUCCUGGUCACAGGAUGCUGUUGAAUCCCUUCGUAAUUGGGAUACCGGGCUGGGGCGCUGCUGCUGCUCCCCAGCGGAGUCUGUGAGGGGAGAGAUCUGCAGCCCCCCCCCUUCUAUGCCCAGCCCGGGGGACUUUCUGCGGCAGCUGGACCCAGCCCCUGGGGCAGCCCCGGACUCUGCCGACACCAGCGCCUGAGCCGGAGCCUGCAGGAAAGAGGUGGAGCAUCCCUGAGAUACUGUGGACAUUGCAGUGGUGUUUUCUGACUUUCUGAAGACACCUCUCAGAAGGAGGUGCAGACAUUCCAGACUCCAACUGGGAGAAGCGGCUUAUGACUUGCUGUUGCCACAGAUUCUCCAUAUAUAGACAUGUGCUUCUGAAGCAGGGCCAUAAGUACAGACUGGUGGGACCACGUUGUCUUGCGGACCUCGGAAGACCAGGAGGGGCUCCAGAACUUUCUCAUGGAGAAGCAGAGAUUCCUGGAGCUGUGUGAUCAGCUUGCCACAACCCUCUUUGGUCAGAACACACACAUGAGGGAGGUCGUGCUAGUCCAGAAGCAGGUGGCUAUAGCCAUCGGGAUGGAAGUGGACUACUCCUGACUGCUAGAGGUCCAUGGCUAACCAGUUUGGUGUGGACCCCGUGAAACCUGCUUGCGGCCCCGCAGAGGCCUCGGAACCCUGGCCGAGAACAACUGUUCUAGGGGACCCCGCGUACCCUCUUUUGCCAUGGCUGAUGAAAAUGUACCCUGAUCUCAGAGGGCCAGACAAAUGAUUUAAUUAUACCUUCAGUUUACUACCUUUGGGUUUACAGUCCUUUUAGGUAGUCCACUCUCUGGAGGACAUAACAGUUCUGGAGAUUCCUGAAUGUCAAAGGGAUCUUCUAUUCCAAGAUGCCUGAAGCAAGUCAUCUAAAUGCUUACUAAAGAGCUUUUCAGGCUUAUAGUGACUGACCAGCACAUAUACAAUUGGAGGGGUCUAGUUACCUUCAAAGGAGGCCCUAGAAAGUAUGCCCUGCUGCAAAAUGUGACCACUCAUCUGGAGUUCCUGUACUGAGAAAAGUUUACAAUCAUCAGGAUUGGUUGAAAAUUCAUGGGGAAAUCAAUAGGAUGUUGUAUUUGCCUGCAGAUGUAUUGCAGCCUCCCUGAACGCUCCCUGAAAUAAUGCAAUGACCCAAGAACAGCUUGGCCUCACAACACUGGCCCUGAUCAUACUUCUGUAACAAAGGAUUACAAAGCACUCCCUCCCCAGAACAUUUGUGGACUCAUAGUAUGGGGCCUGUGGAUUACAUACAACCUCCUGGUUUAUAUCAGGCCGUUCAUAUGGCACCCAUGGACUACAUACUCCCCUCGACCCCAGUCUUGCAUAAUCGUUCAGGUGGCUCAGGAUGCUCUGGAUUUCUGAUUCACCCUUUGUAAUCUCCUGGAUGGAACGAGGCGAUGAGCUGUGAGUCCCAGAUCUCCAAGGAUUUGAGGGACUGGAGAUCCCAGGAGGCACGUGCGCCAGUGGGGAACUCAUUCAAGCAACUCAGAAGCCCUCAGUUUCCGUUCCUGAGACUCUUGUUCUCCCUGUCAGAGGCAAGGACUCGUGUCCGGAUUCUCUCCAUUUAUUGCAGCUGCAGAGGGGAUGGUGAAUGAGGACGUGGAGGACAGUCCCCAGCAGAAUGUCCCUAAGGAGCUGGGGCUGCAGGGACCUGGCCAGGGAGACAGUUGUGGGACCGACAGCAGAUCAGAAAGGCAGCAGAGAAAUUGCUCAGGAAAAAGAAAGGUUCAGUCCCUUUCAUGUGACAAAGACUUCAAGGGUGAGAAUGUCCCCCAGGGCUACCCAACUAGAGAGAAUAUAUACUUGGAUACAGAGUGUGGAGAAGGCUCUGGUCUGCACUCAGGCCUGGGACAACGUCAGACAGCCCAGUGGGGAGACAAACCCCAUCAAUGUGCAGAGUGUGGGAAAUGCUUUUGUGGGAGCUCGAACCUGAUUACGCAUCAGAGAAUCCACACUGGAGAAAAACCAUAUCACUGCCCCAACUGCGGGAAAAGCUUCAGUGUGAAAUCAAACCUCACGACCCAUCAGAGAAUCCACACGGGAGAGAAACCCUAUAAGUGCUCUCACUGUGAUAAAAGGUUCAGCCAGAGCUCAGACCUCACUAAACACCAGCGAAUCCACACAGGGGAGAGACCCUACAGAUGUGAUGCAUGCGGGAAAAGCUUCAGUCGGAGCUCGCAGCUCCUGACGCACCAGAGAGUCCACACGGGAGUGAAACCUUAUAAAUGCCUUAAAUGUGGGAAAAGCUUCCGCGUGAGCUCCCAUCUCACUAAGCAUCGACGGAUCCACACGGGAGAGAGGCCUUAUCUGUGCUCGGAAUGCGGAAAGAGCUUUAGCCAGAGCUCAGACCUCACUGCCCACCAGAGGACCCAUACGGGGCAGAGACCCUACAGAUGCCCUGACUGCGGGAAAAGCUUCCGCCAGAGCUCACACCUCGUUAGACACCAGAGAACACACACGGGCGAGAGGCCCUUCAGAUGCACUGAGUGCGGGAAAAGCUUCAGCGUGAGCUCAGAGCUUCUCGCCCACCAGCGAACUCACACAGGUGAGAGGCCCUUCACCUGCCCCAACUGUGGGGAGAGCUUCGGCCGGAGCUCCACCCUGGUCCUACACCAGAGAAUCCACAGCCAGGAAAAGCCCUACAAAUGCCCUGACUGUGGUAAAGGCUUUGGCCGUAGGUCACUCCUCAUCCUGCACCAGAGGAUCCACCUGGGGGACAGACCCUACAGCUGUGGGCACUGCGGGGAGAGCUUUAUUGACGGCUCCAACUUUGUGAAACAUCAGAGAACCCAUGUGGGAGAGAAGCCCUACAAAUGCCCCGAGUGCAGAAAAGGGUUUGUGCGCAGCUCGGAUCUCAUUAAACACCAGAGGAUCCACGCCGGGCACAAGCCGUUCACAUGCACUGAGUGCGGGAAGAGUUUCAGCGAGAGCUCCAACCUGCACAGGCACCGGAGGGCCCACACGGGUGACCGGCCCUACAAGUGCUGCAACUGUGGGAAGAGCUUCGGCCAGAGCUCUGACCUCAUCAAACACCAGCGCACGCACAUGGGUGACCGGCCCUACAAAUGCACUGACUGCGGGAAAAGCUUCAGGCAGAGCUCGGACCUGGUCAAACACCAGAGGAUCCACAAUGGAGAGAAGCCCUACAAAUGCCCAGACUGUGGGAAAAGCUUUAGUGUGAGCUCAAGCCUUUCCUCGCACCAGAGAAUUCAUGUCGCAGCGAAGCCCUACAAGUGCCCUGAGUGUGGGCAAAGCUUCAGCGUGAGAUCCACCCUGUCUACGCACCAGAGGAUCCACAGUGGAGAGAAACCCUUCAAGUGCUCCGAUUGUGGGAAAGGCUUCGGCCGCAGCUCCAACCUGGUCAGGCACCAGCGGAUCCACACCGGGGAUAGACCCUACCAGUGCUGGGACUGUGGGAAAAGCUUCACUCAGAGCUCGACCCUUAAUAGACACCGGAGAGUCCACAUGGGAGAGCGGCCUCUCCUGCCUGCUGCAUCAGAGUGAUGGGCAAAGCCAAUGAUAUCUUGGCCAGCUGGCCAGAGGGUUAUUGGUACACGGGGCCUGGCCAUACACCCCUCAUGGCUGUGCCCCUGGGCUGGCAUGACUGCGAAUGAUGAUUUUAUUAUCCAUAUAAAUGUCUAUUCUUUUCCUGAAUCCUAGUACACAUUCCUCACCUCAGUACUUUCUUGGGUCUUUUCCUGGAGACCUGAGUUCGCUCAUGCCAGCUGAGGUCUUGUCUACACAGGAAAGUUAAGGUCUGAAUUUAAACUGAUCUAGUUAUCCCUUUUUAACACUCCCAGGCUCACAUGGAAGCUUUUAUUCCAAUAUAAGGGUGGCCUUUUUCCAGUUUAGUUUACAACAUUUAGCCACAGGAAUUAAGCAAACUGAAUACGGCACUCUUAUGCUGGUAUAACUGGUAAAACUUUCCCCAAGCAGAGAAGUCCUGGAGCUCUCUGGUUUCAGGAACUUUGUGAAGUAAGUUCCCCCCCACACCCCAUCAAACAGUGGAAAUGCAUGGAUGUCUUUUCAGUGAUCUGACAGGCUUCUUCAGGUCCGUUCAAAUCUUAACCCCUUCCUUUCUGUUUUCCCAAACAUCAGCAUUAGCUAGCCAGUGGUGGAAAUGUCUCAGACUUGGCUGAGUUCAUCACUGUACAGCAGCAUCAGCCACUUUCAGUGGUGGGGAUGGUUCAGUGGCCCAUG